UGGAAUGAAGAUCAGCACAUCAAAAAAUGCUGCUCUGGAUGGGAAACUGAGGCUCACCUUUACACUGUGAGGACAGAGAAGAAUAGGUGGGAUCUGAUUUUUGCAGGCUGCUGUUUUGUUCCAUACUCUACCUGGCUGUGCUCUUGUAUCUAAGGAGUAGGAGAAAACUGUCGGAUUUCAAUUUAUGGAAGCUUUGGAGAUGUUUGCUUCAUGGACCCCUAUGAAAAUCCAUCAGCUGGUUUGGGUCCCUGGAAGACAGUUGGUUUCUGAGUUGUGAUAGAGAUUACUCUCAUUUCCAUGUACUGUUUAGUACACACUUGAGUUGAGGAAUGUGAGUGCGACAAUGUCCAACAAGGCGAAACAGGCCAAUCCAACCAUAAAUCAGAAAGUAUAAUAAUGAAUUUGUGAUUUAUCAAAAUCUAAUAGUAUCCAGUUGUAUGUUGAAACAUGUAAUGUUGAUUUGAAAGAGGAACCACCUAAGGUCCAUUAGACUCCAGGACACAUACAUGAAGCCAAAGCUAAAACAUCAAACCCAGGUUAUUCCUGUACUGUCCUUACCUGAUUUAGCCCUGCUGCAUUGAGCAUGGCUUUUUAAUGCUGAUCCAGUUACUUAACAUUAGGAGCCAACUGCACGUUGAGACAGCCGAGCCACACCAACACCACGACACACAGAUUAGCCAGGGUCAUUUCUGACUGAGCCUGAAGUUACUCUGCAUCUACCUGCCAAUCAUUUUCCUGAGCUAAGGUAAUUUGCUGACUCUGCAAAGAUGUUAUUUGGGAAGUGUUAUUUGGGAGAACAUGUAGAGUGAGAAGAGCAAAGAACAACACUAACCAGGUAGAUGCAGAUACUAGUGGUGUCUAAGGAAUGUAACGGCAGUCUGAAUCUGACAAGUGCUGUUGUCAGUCAUUAUUGGUCUUGUCUAUCUGAAGCUAUGUCAGCUCCCUGAUCCAUGGAAGAUACAUUACCUUUCUGUUACCUUUCCUCAGUGUGCUAGAGGUGAUGUAGGCUGACACUCUAAGUCCAUCUCCUCUGCUCUGCUUCUGGGUCUCUGUGAGACAGAAGAUGGCCUCCACGUCCGAGGACCCCCUCCUAGGAACCGGUCCUGAUGAGGACGGCUCUGAGGUGUCUUUGUCUGGCAGUGAGUCCGACUCAGGAAGUGUACUUUCUGAUGACUCGGUGCUUCCUGACUAUCAGCGGGACGAGGGGAAAGGGGGUCCUGCCUCCACGUUGUACGCAGCAUGCUUUCGGAACGAACCCCAGGCUCUCAAGAUCAUUCUCGAGAGGGGAGUCACCAAGGAGGAGGUCAUGGAGACAGACAUCAAUGGUUGGAACGGUCUGAUGAUAGCAUGUUACAAAGGUUUCCUGGAUAUAGUCCACGGCCUUCAUCACUGUCCCUUCAUAGACAUCAACCACCAAGACAAUGAUGGCAACACUGCACUGAUGAUCGCUGCUCAAGCAGGUCACAUCAGCACAUGCAACUAUCUCCUGAACUACUACCCUGGAGCAGACACAGAGAUCAGGGACUGUCGAGGGUUCACAGCUCUCAUCAAAGCUGCUAUGCAGGGCCGCAAUGAAGUUGUAGCCACCCUCAUCAUGGCAGGUGCUGACAUCAACGCAGUCGACUCUACAAAGAGCAGAUGUGCCCGAGACUGGGCCCUGAAGACGGGGCGCUUCGAUACCUUACACCGCCUCCGCCGUCUCAACCUGAGGCCCAGAGCUGAGCAGUUCUGCCAAAGCUACGUCUGCGAGUGGCCUGAGCUCCAAGUGCUAGUGGCCAAAGCCACGGCCAAUAAGAGUGCAGGUGAAAAGAUCACCCAGAGACUCAAAUCCACCUUUGGCUUCAAUCUUCCCAGAGACCCCCAGGAUAACGGAGUGUUGGAUCACAUGGUGCGUAUGACCACAGGCUUGUACAGCCCCCUGGUAGCCACUGCCUGCCGUCCACUCUGCCCCACCAGUCCCCCCAUGGCAGGUAAAAGGCGCCUGGCUGUGCCGGAGCUGGUGAAGAAGCACACGGUGAAGGCGCUGGAGGAAACCUCUGUGUGCCAUAGCACCAGCUCCAGCUCCUGCAUAACACCCUCCCUUCACUCAGCCGAGUCCAUCACUGCAGCCUGCUGUGUGGACACAGAGCGCAGAGGCAGUAUGCUGUCGCUGGCCCCUAAUGGUGUGGCACACAGCUUUAUGCACCGCAGCAUGGCCCACAGGAACAGCGUGUUCCCCUCCGGCUGCAUCCCUCAGAUCAAGGUCAGCAAGUCUGGAGAGCCUACACCCAAGAAGGAGAAGAAGAAGAAGAGGCACAAGGGCCACCUGGAGCCACCCAAGUGGAAGUACAAAGAGAUCAAGGAUGAGAAGAAAAAGGAGAAAAAAAAGGCAGAGAAAGAUAAGGCAGAGAAAGAAAAGAAUAAGAAAGAGAAGAAAUAAAAGUCCAUGCACCGCCAAUAUAUUUACAAUUUUUUUCCACAGACAGUGUUACCACCAUAUUCCCCUGUUGGACUCCAAUGGCUUUCUUUGUUUGUUUGUUGGUAACAUGUAGUUACAGAUCCAGGUGCUUGUAAUGAGCGUUAAUUGGUAAUAAGGCCUUAGUAAGUUAGCAAGUCUUACUAACACAUGUUAAUGUGCAUCUUAUAAGGGCCUUACUACCUAAUAACUCAUGCUUAUCUCAUCUUAAAAUAAUAAAAACCCUAGCCCUAACCCCUUACUAAUAUUAUUAACACUUCUACAGCCUUAUUCACACAU